AUGUAUGUAUCUAUCUUUGUGUGAUACAUAUUUCAUUUUAUCUUUCUCCUUGUAUUUUUCCUUGCUUUUUUCUCUCUGCAGACUCUACCUCCAAAGCAGGAGGGUUGUGGAGCCCAUUUCUGGUCCUCUGCUUUGCUGGAUUCAAGCUCUCUAGUAUUGGUUUCUUAAUGAUGUUUGUCUGCUGAGAGAUACCAGACUUCUCACUUGACCCAAUCACUUUUAUUACACUUCCAUCCUCACCUUGUUCAAGAGAAACACAACCUAAACUCAACUAGUUCGAUUUCACUUUUUCUUGUUGGGUCCUCAGAUCUGUUAGAUUUAGUUUCAGAUCUUCUUGUGUGAUUCAACUUCUAAAGAGUUUGGUGCAAGUAGAAGUUGAGGGGAAACUUGAAGGAGUUUUGGGCCAUUCUUGAUUUAGGUCAUUACUAAAUGUGGACCAUUAGGAGUGUUAUCUAAAUGAGGAGGUAUGUUGACAGGUUUAAUGAACUUCUUGAGGGCCUGUUUCAGGCCAAGGUCAGAUAGUUAUGUUAAAAGCUCUGAUGCCGUUGGGCGCCAAGAUGGGCUUCUGUGGUACAAGGAUUCUGGGCAACACUUUAAUGGGGACUUUUCAAUGGCUGUAGUUCAAGCCAACAAUUUACUGGAGGAUCAGAGUCAGCUUGAAUCAGGCUGUCUGAGCUUGAACGAGUCAGGCCCGUAUGGUACUUUUGUAGGAGUUUAUGAUGGACAUGGCGGCCCUGAGACAUCGCGUUUUAUCAAUGUUCAACUCUUUCAGCAUCUAAAGAAAUUUGCAUCUGAGCAUCAGUCCAUGUCAGAGGAGGUAAUAAGAAAGGCAUUCCAUGCAACAGAAGAGAGUUUUACAUCUAUUGUUCGCAAGCAAUGGCCAAUACAACCACAACUUGCCGCAGUUGGAUCCUGUUGCUUGGUUGGAGUGAUAUGCAGUGGAAAUCUCUAUAUUGCAAAUCUUGGUGAUUCCCGUGCUGUGUUAGGCAGACUUGUCAAGGCAACAGGGGAAGUUCUUGCAAUUCAGCUUUCAGCAGAACAUAAUGCGUGCAUCGAGUCAGUGAGACAAGAAUUACAUUCUGUUCACCCAGAUGAUCCGCAGAUAGUUGUUCUGAAACAUAAUGUAUGGCGAGUAAAGGGCCUAAUACAGAUCUCAAGAUCCAUUGGUGAUGUUUACUUAAAGAAGGCUGAAUUCAAUAGGGAGCCAUUAUAUGCCAAGUUUCGGCUUCGUGAACCUAUUAAAAGGCCGAUUUUGAGCUCUGAUCCGUCAAUAUCGGUGCACCAGUUGCAGCCUCAUGAUCAGUUCAUUAUAUUUGCAUCAGAUGGUCUAUGGGAGCACCUUAGUAACCAAGAAGCAGUUGAUAUUGUUCAAAAGCACCCUCACAAUGGAAGUGCUAAGAGAUUAGUAAAAACUGCUAUGCAUGAAGCAGCAAAGAAGAGGGAGAUGAGAUAUUCUGAUUUGAAAAAGAUUGACCGUGGAGUACGCCGCCAUUUCCAUGAUGACAUCACAGUUAUCGUUUUGUUUCUGGACUCCAAUCUUGUGAGCAAGGCUAGCACAGCAAAGGGUCCGAACCUGUCUGUAAAAGGGAGUGGAAUAAGUCUUCCUUCUAGGAUUCUCGCCCCUUCAGCAUGACGCGCCAGUAAAAGCGGAGGAACCUGAUGUAGAGAUUGGCUAAUUAUCGUCUGUUGUAUUAUGUUCAUGUGAAUACAAGGUAGCUUCUUUAAAGGCAAGAACAUAUGCUGUCAAUUCUUUUAAAUGUACUCCUUAACUUUUUAGCCAAGAACUAAUACCAAUGGGCUUAGCUUAUAUGCCCACCAAGAGAGAAUUGACAAUCAUAAUAGAGUUAUAUCACCUUCUCAA